CGGCAGUACAGAUCCGUCCUUCCUGAAGUGUGUCGGUGAUUUAAAUCGCAGAAGAAGAAGCGUGCGCGUGUCCACGUGAGAGCAGCAGCAUGUCUCCUCCAGGAGGGAAAAUCAACAGACCGAAAACUGAGUUGGGGAAGAAGCUUUUCAAGCGGCGACGAGUCCUGAGUCGAGAGAAGAGGAAGAAACAUCAGAUAGUCGGAGCCGUGGUAGAUCAGGGUCUCAUCACCCUCCAUCACCUGAAGAAGAGAAAGUCGAGUCCGAGAGCGAACAUCACUCUGUCUGGAAAGAAGAAACGGAAGCUGCUCAAGCAGCUGCAGCACAUGCAGCAGGAGAAGGCCGGUAUGGAAGUUGAACCUGCAGCUCCACCUCCCAAGAAACAGGACUCAUCCUCAGCUCCAACCAAGAAGAAGAAGAAGAAGAAGAAAGCAGCUGGAUCGCAGGGGGACGUAGAGAUGGCCGAUAUGGAAUAAAGAGAGGACAGAGUUAUCUGUUGAUGUGAGGCAGUGUCCUGUCUUUUAGUCCAGUGGACAAUUAGGACACAGCUGAUUGUGAAUGGACUGCUCAAAUAUGAUUGACUGGUUUCUGAAGGUAAAGUUGUGAUUUUCACAGUUUGUGUCCAGAGGGAUGAAAAUCUGUCUGCACCUGUUGGAGUCAGUCAAGGUGAGAUUUUAAAAACAAUUCCUGGAACAAAGAGUCUGAGAGUUACAUGGAUGUAUGGAAGCCCAUUUCUGCCAAAAGAAAAAUAAAUAAUGAGAAGAUAAAAAAACAAAUUUAUAAGAUAGGUCAAAUUUAGUCUUUUUAUCCUAUAAUUUUGGUUUGGAACUAAUUAUUUUGACAUAUUAAUAGAUAUUAUUUCAUAAUGUCGACUUUUUAAGUGAGGCAGAAAAUGACCGACAUCUUUUGAGGUGCUCAACAUGAAAAGUUGUUUUGUGCAUAAAUCUGCACCAAUCUGAAAAUGAAUGAGUGGAAAAUGUUCCAUUUCUCCAGAAGCAAACCUGCCUGUGGUGUCAGAGCAGAAUCAGCUGUUCACUCCAGAGAUCUGCUCAGAGCUAUGGAUUUUUUUUUAACUGCGGAUGUUUAGAGUUAAAGUUUGGGAAUCAGCAAGUUCCUGGCAGACUUGUGCUUCCAUACAGACAUUUGUUGGCAUAAUGAUGACUUUAUGUGAAAGUCGUCACUCACAGAGUUGUGCAUGUCAUGCUUCCUGCAGAUAUAGAUUUGAAAACUUUAUUUUUGACUUUGUGAAGCUCAGACUUUUCACCUAGGACAUCAAAAUGUUAUCACACUUCUGUUCAUCAAUCACAAAUGUUACUUAUAUCUCAUUACUAUUAUUAUUUUUCAGCAUAUAUAUCUUUUUUUUCUUGGCUGAAACAGGCUUCCGUACAUUUGAAACAUAGUCAAACCUUUGACCUAAUAUUUCAUCAUUUUGACUUGUGUCAUAUUUGUUCUAUUCUUGGCGUUAAUGAGCUUCUAUAUGUGUCACACCUGCAGGGCUUUAAUAAAGUAAAGUAUUUAUCUCUGGUUUAAAA